GGUUCCUGCGGCGGAUGUUGAUGUUUUGUUUCUCGUUGCUGGACGAUGUGAACUGGUUCUGGUUUUUUUGUGGCCAUUUCCUCCGUUUCGUUAGUUUGUUCUUGUCUUUUCCCCUUCCCCAUAAAGCUGUCUCUGUUGUUGGACACCGUGUGAGGCCGAGCCGCGCCAUGAUGGAGGACUUUGAUGAGAUCUACGAGGAGGAGGAAGAGGAGGAGGAGGAAGAGGACGAGGACCGGGCCGCGGAGGAGCAUCUGCUGAAGCACGCUCCGGACCCGGUGGUGGUGCGCGGGUCCGGACACGUCACCGUGUUCGGACUUAGUAACAAAUUUGAGUCAGAGUUUCCUUCAGCGCUGACAGGAAAGGUGGCACCAGAGGAGUUCAAAGCCAGUAUCUACCGUGUAAACAGCUGCCUGAGGAAGACGCUCCCCGUCAACGUGCGGUGGCUCCUGUGCGGCUGCCUCUGCUGCUGCUGCACGCUGGGCUUCAGCCUGUGGCCCGUCAUCUGCCUCAGCAAACGGACGAGACGGUCGAUAGAGAAGCUGUUGGAGUGGGAAAACAGUAGACUUUACCACAAGUUAUGUUUGCAUUGGAAACUUAGCAAAAGGAAGUGUGAAACCAACAACAUGAUGGAAUAUGUAAUCCUAAUAGAGUUCCUUCCUAAGAUUCCUAUCUUCAGACCGGACUAACGCCGCCCCCCCAACCCCCAACCCCCCACCACCCGCCGCCACAGCUGAUCUGAAGUCUCACUGCUGCCCAGCUCUGUCGCAGGACCACGGUGGCUGUAAAGCUCCUGAAUAACAGCUCCGGAAAUACUCCAGUAUUUGUUUACAUUACACCCCCUCUUUUUUUUUCCUUAUUUUUUCACUCUCUCUCUCUCUCUUUCUCUUGGCCCUCACACACAUCUUAUCUCUGUCCUUGUUUACGGAGCAAACUCACCCCUGAACCUUGGCCUUGUGGCCAGACUGGUGCACCGUGGAGCUACCACUACCUAACAGGGGACACUGGCAGUGUUAUGGAUUUAGGAACUGGAGUUUUAUGAGGAAAAAAAGAAAAAAAACUGGAAUUUUUGUCAAUUUUACGUUCUCGGACUUGAGCACACGGCACAGUCGGACCGAUAAAAGAAACACGUUCACCUGUCAUCACCGUACAGUUCACCUGCACACGGGAAGAAAAACACAGAGGGAUUUCAGAGCGGUUGGAGCGGUUGCUCUGGAUCUGUACCAGAGGUCGCCAUGGCAACAUGACCAGGAACUCCAGAGGAGCCUAUAAAACUCACCUUAAAGCUUCACGUUGGAUCUGUGGGCAGGACAGCUGGACUCAGUAAAGUCACUCUUCAACCACCGGGCAUCCUCCCCGUCUCCUUUCGUUUCUCCACGCUUUCCAAACCCGGCGGCGAUCACACACUGAUCGUUGACUCUUCACAGACUUUAGGGAGCGAUUCGUUGUCGACACCGUGCCUCUCAAAACGCUACCGAGGCUCAGUGGAACAAAAAAUCACCAUGAAUGGCCGCUGGGCAUAAAGAGACAAAAGUAUAUCUAUAUUUUUUUUCCCUCUCUCUCUCUCUCUCUUGUUUUGUAUCAAGAUUUGUUUACCGUUUUUGUGAGAGAGAGUUUAUUACUGCGUUUCUGUGAGAGUGUCAAACAAUGAAGCAUAAGCAAAAAAAGAAUCGACAAAUCACAAAUGAGGACAAAUUACUCUGUAAAACAGGGUUCCUGCUUAGGAUUUUUUUUUUCUUUGCCACGCUAAAUGUUUAUCCUUUUUUGGGUGGGUAACUGUUCAAAACUGUGCAUUUGUGUGCAUUUAAAAUAUACAGAACAUUUGUGACGCUUUGACCUCCCCCUCCCAAAAAAAAAUGAAUUUCUUUACUAUUUUCUUUUUAAUCUCCUCAUGUGGCAACACAGAAGCGCACACAAUCACAUGUUCCUCACUCCUUUAAAUGAUCUAUCUCCCUUUGCUUGUGGUUCAAGUCGACAGUUUAUGGAGCCAAAUCAGGGCCAAAAGUUUUGCUAAUUUGAAAAUAAAAUUUGAACCUGAAAUUUUUUUUUUACAGUUUCAGUUUUAUUUUUUUCAGUAUCAGAUCUUUUUAUUUCAGUUUCAAAUCUUUUUAUUUCAGUUUCAAAUCUUUUUUUCA